AUGUCUUCAUCCUCCGCAUACGACGAUUCCGAGAUAUUCAGGAGCUACUACGAUCUUCCACGCAAUGAAAGGGGAUUGGACGCAGUAACAGAAUGGCCUCUUAUGAAAUGGGCCAAUGAAAAUGGUGCCAGAAGGGUGCACGGGAUUGAUGUCUCUGUGAACAUGCUGGCAAAAGCAAACGAGCUCAACAGUGGAGAGUGCAUUACUUAUGAACAAGUUGACUUGAACACCAUUGUGCUUCCAGCCAAUUCAUAUGACAUUAUCUACAGCAGCCUCGUCUUUCAUCAUACAAAGGAUGGCGAGUGGUUUUGGCCUGUUAGAACGUAUGGCCAAGAAGGUCCUCGGGUUCUUGAAUGGAUCGCGGAUGGAAUCCCCUCCUACCACCGAACCAUUCAGACCUAUGUUUCAGCCGUUCUAGAGAAUGCCUUCGAGCUCACCGAUCUGGCGGAGUGGAUGUUGCCGCCGGUUUCUAUUUUCCCUCAUCAAGACAGUGGAAGAAACAAUCAUCGCCCGGUUCGGCUUAUAAUAUGUGCUAAGAAGGAGUGA